AGCUCCAGUAUAGAAAAAGCUCUGUUAGCUGAGAGAUUCUUGCCAUUUUAUAGCUAAGAUUUUAUUCUGUGACCCUCUUGAGUUCUAUAAUUCCCAGAUAAAUAUAUUUUUUGAAAUAUUCAACUUUGGGGUGUUUGUACCCAAUUUGCAGGUGGAGAAAGCUCCCUAUUACUCCAGUCUGAAUUCCUUCCGUCUGAUUCCAGGGAAACCUUUGCUAUGAUUUCCUUUAAUGUCUAAUAUUAAAGGCAUGUUCUAUCGCUUUGUCCUCACUUGCCUCGAAAUUCUCACUCUUUUCAACAUUUAACUUCGAGAUCCUGUUGUCUUACAGCUUUGGAGUUGCUGUUUUAUCUUCUUUAUCUUCCUCUUUUUUUCCCCCUACCAACUUCUGGACUAGUUUGAUGCCAGGGACAACUUAAUUUUUCCCCAUCUGUGUGGCUUGGUUCCAGCACUCUCUCCACUUUCACUAAGGGCCUAAAUCAUCCACCUUCCUGCCUCUUGGGUCUACCACAGCAUCAAGGCACUGCUUUGUAGAGCUUCGUUCGAAUAAUUUUACGUACUGGCUUGCAAGCCUGAGGUUCUGCAGGAAAUAAAAUCUAAACGUGAAAUCGUAUGUUUUAAGACUCCUUACCACUUGGCUCCUGUUCUCCCUUCCCUGAACCAUCCACACUUUCUCUUCUUUACAGUUCUGACCAGUAUUCCCACACUGGGAAAGUGUUCGUAGACACAUCUCACCAUCACACAUCCCAACAACCCAAUCACUCUUACAUAUCAAUAGUGCAAUCUCAUUUAUGUAGAUUAAUCAGGUAGACUGCUACUUAAACACAGGCUAUGUCACUAUAGAUUGGCUGUUUUCUAUAGAAAUGAUGCUGUAAGUGGUGAUGACUUUUCUAGGCUAUCUCACAGCUACCCACUUAGCUGAUAAUAUUGGUGCAGGACUGACUGCAUGAAAACAGAAAAGAAGCAUCAGUUACACAUUUUAGUAAGAAUCUCCUUGAUUUCAGAUAGCUCUGCCUAAAGAGGGACAUGCUUGUUUAGAGCAUGAGAAAUGGACACUUGAUAAUUUUCUGAGAGACUUUUUGGGAACCUCUAAGGGCCUGGACAUUUUAAAAAGGUUCCGGUCAUAUUCCCAAAUAUACAGCUUUCCUUUUCUUUUUCCUUUUCCUUUUCAUUGUGUCAUAAAUCCCUUAAGAGAUAUCUACUCUGAUUUACUUUCUGGCUGCACAGCUGAAAUAAACAGGGAAAACAAAGUAGGGAAAUAAUUUUCCUGAGAUAAGUGGGCAAGUGUUGAAGGCUGAAAGAAUGAGGGUCGUGAUCAACUUAGUAUACCACUGGAAGCUAUAUGAGUAAACAGCAAACUGUUUCUCAUGAAAGCAGGUUGUUGGCAAACUGACAAACUGUGUCUGCCUCCCAGAAGGAAUGCUGGGGACAGUCACCACCCAGGCACAGUGUUUCUUGUGAUUAGGCAAAUCUGAAGCCUGUUAGCAAUAAUGUGAACCUGUGAUCAAUCAAGCAGCUGACCAGUCGUUACCUCCUCCUCCCUGCUCUUUCUACCCAAUAAAAACAAAGGGCUGUAGAAGCUGGAGGUUGCUGCUUUUGCUCACUAGAAGCAGGGAGCUCUCUUCUUCCCCGGCCCCUUCCUUGAAAAUAGUUACUUUUGUUUUAAGUUUUCAUUUCUGCCUUCAUCCUCCUUCCUUUAGUCUCCUAAUGAUGGUCUCAAGUAGUAACAGUAGUAACUGUUGUAAUGACGAUCUCAAGUAGUAACAGUAGUGACUGUCGUAAUGACAGUCUCAAGUAGUAACUAUGGCAGUCAGCUACAGGCAAGAGUUGAAAAGAGAGGUGUGAGGAAGAAAGGUCUGUUAAGGAGGGUGGGGGAGUGUCUGUGCGGUGGUGGUGUUUUGAGGUGGCAUUCGUGUAAUGGAGAGUGGUGAAAAUGAAAGUGGAAUGCCCAUCGUUCCCUUGAGGGUAGCAGAGAGGUAGGUGGUGAGGAAGAGGCACUGGGCUGAAAGCUUGCAGGUGGCCCCCAGGGAUAGUUUGCUUGCUAUCCAGGGUGGCCUUGGAUUGGGCGUCAGAAGAGGAAGGAGACAUUAACGAAAGCCCUGGGGAUGCCAACGUCCUGAAAGAGGUCCAGAUGCAGGCACUGCGCUAGGGGCUGGGGAGUCAGCGAUCAUGGUCCCUGCUAUCUGAGGUUCACUCCACAGAAGGGACAGAAACUCUCAGCGUGGGCAUCGGGAAUCUUCGUGCCUAGGAGCCAUGCUGCCCCGAUGGGAACUGGCACUUUACCUACUUGCCUCACUAGGCUUCCACUUCUAUUCCUUCUAUGAAGUUUACAAAGUCUCCAGAGAACAUGAAGAGGAGCUGGACCAGGAAUUUGAGCUGGAGACUGACACUUUAUUUGGAGGAUUAAAGAAGGAUGCGACCGACUUUGAGUGGAGCUUCUGGAUGGAAUGGGGGAAGCAGUGGCUGGUGUGGCUUCUCCUUGGCCACAUGGUAGUGUCUCAAAUGGCCACACUGCUGGCAAGAAAGCACAGACCCUGGAUUCUCAUGCUCUAUGGGAUGUGGGCCUGCUGGUGUGUGCUGGGGACCCCUGGUGUGGCCAUGGUUUUGCUCCAUACCACCAUCUCUUUCUGCGUGGCCCAGUUCCGGUCUCAGCUCCUGUCGUGGCUCUGUUCUCUCCUCCUGCUCUCCACACUGAGGCUGCAGGGUGUGGAGGAAGUUAAGAGAAGGUGGUACAAGACAGAAAACGAGUACUACCUGCUGCAGUUCACGCUGACCGUUCGCUGCCUCUACUACACCAGCUUCAGCCUGGAGCUCUGCUGGCAGCAGCUGCCUGCUGCAUCGACCUCCUACUCCUUUCCCUGGAUGCUGGCCUAUGUCUUUUAUUAUCCAGUCUUCCACAAUGGGCCCAUCCUCAGCUUCCCGGAGUUCAUCAAACAGAUGCAGCAGCAGGAGCAUGAAUCCCUGAAGGCCAACCUGUGUGUCCUGGCCCUGGGGCUGGGCCGCCUUCUUUGCUGGUGGUGGCUGGCUGAGCUGAUGGCUCACCUGAUGUACGUGCAUGCCAUCUACAGCAGCAUCCCCCUCCUGGAGGCUGUCUCUGGUUGGACGUUAGGAGGACUGGCGUUAGCCCAGGUGCUCUUUUUCUACGUGAAGUACUUGGUGCUCUUUGGCGUGCCGGCUCUGCUCAUGCGCCUGGAUGGACUCACUCCGCCCGCCCUCCCUCGCUGCGUGAGCACCAUGUUCAGUUUCACCGGGAUGUGGAGGUAUUUUGAUGUUGGACUGCAUAAGUUCUUAAUCAGGUAUGUGUACAUUCCAGUGGGCGGGUCCCAGCAUGGCCUGCUGGGGACACUGUUUUCCACGGCGAUGACAUUUGCAUUUGUGAGCUACUGGCAUGGCGGCUACGACUACCUCUGGUGCUGGGCAGCGCUCAACUGGCUGGGAGUCACCGUGGAGAAUGGAGUGUGGAGGCUGGUGGAGAUUCCCUGCAUCCAGGACAGUCUGACCCGAUACUUCUCCCCACAAGCUCGCCAUCGAUUCCACGCUGCCCUUGCGUCUUGUUCCACCUCGAUGCUGAUCCUGUCCAACCUGGUGUUUCUAGGGGGCAAUGAGGUUGGGAAAACCUACUGGAAUAGGAUCUUCAUACAAGGCUGGCCAUGGGUGACCCUCUCUGUCCUGGGAUUCCUGUACUGCUACUCCCACGUGGGCAUUGCCUGGGCCCAGACCUACGCCAUGGACUAAUGCUGUUGGGUCCAGGCCAGUCCUUGCUGCUGGCCUCCAAGGCAAACAGUGCUUCACCUUGACCUCUCACUCCAGCACAGCCUCUAAGGGAUUUGAUCUGUUCAUCUUCGGUUGAAUGUUCUCACUCCAAGACUGGAUGCUGGAUCUCACAGAAAAUUCACAGCCAGACAAUCUUCUAACCUGGAGUCUUUGAAAUCUUCUACCCCAACCCAUCAUUUUCCUAUUGAGGAAGCUGGGGUGCAGGGCAGUUUUGUGUCUUGCCCAACUACGCAAGGUGACAUUUUGGUCUAGAACCUACUUUCAUGAGCCCUUUGCAUUCUUUCCCCUUAAGAAUAGAAUGUAGUGUACAUUUAUUGAUUGAGACACAGAAAUCCUGAUUAGUGAUAGGCCUGUCUUCUGGGCAGUAUUUCUAAAAUAUUUGAGUGACAUUGAUGUUUAAGUGACCUCCUUCAUCACAUCCCACAGUGUCUCUAGAAGCAGCACUAGGGUUUGAGCUUCACACUUCAGCCCCUCUGUAGGAAAGAGAGCAAGCCACAGCUGUCUUUUGAAUUACCUAGUCCAAGAAGACAGUAGCAGCCCUGUAGCAUUCUAAGGCAUCCAUACCCAAGGAGUCCUGUGAUUUGAGCUUCAGCAGGGUGAUCUACAUUUGGGUGCUUGUUUCUGAGAUUUGCAGAGAAGUAUAACAUGGUAGUUCCUCUACCUUACAGUUAAUAGUUUCUUAAUACAGAAGCAGCAUUUAGAAACCACAGGAUAGUGUAUCCACAGAUGGGUGCUAUCAGGCUAGUCGUGAGGAUGGUGUCCUGGAGUCUUGUCCACCCUCUCUACACGUCUCAAAAGUCAUCCUCCUACUCAGUGAUUCACGUUUAGUGGUUUAUAUUGUUAUGGUUUGAUUCAAAUGGAGCCUUUUUUGUCAUGUAGAUAAUCUACAUGUUUGUAGAAUUAUUUUUAAUAUGUUUGAGGAAAAUGUUUAAAAUCUAAAUAUAUUCACAUAACUUGAUUAUUCACUCCUCUAAAAAGAUGCUGGAUAGACUACCAAAGGUCCCAAGUGGUAGAUAAUUCAGAAUACUUCUGUGUGAAUUUGGAAUUUUUUUUUUUGGAGUGGGGAGGGGUAAAGGAGCCUUAAAAUUUGAAUCCAUAAUAUAUCUAAUUACAGGAGAAUUUACAACAUCUCAAGUAGGUGAAUUAAGUUGUCAUUGAGUGAAAGGCUCACUUGGACCUAGUGCUGCCUCCUGUUUAUUACAUAGCAUGGCCCUUAUGUCUCGAGUUGAGGUUAUCAACUCAAUGAGGCUUAAACUCCUAGAGUACAGGACCAUUUUAUUGACUGUCUUUCUUCAUAGCUUCUCUGCUUGGCAAAGAGAUGGGAGGGGAGCCAGAUACUGACUACCCUGGGUGGGCACAUUAUGUGUUAACUAAAGCAAAAGAGAGAGGCCAGAGAGGGGCAGGUAAACCUGCAUAGCAGCAGCCUCAGCAGCUGUCUUGGUAAAGGAGAGAGACAGACAUGGGGCCGGUGAUUUCAGGGUGCUCAGAAGUUUUAGGAGGGAAUGAGCCUCAGGGGGGAGUGGGCACCUACAUGAAUGCAGUAAACCUUCAUGGACUAGCACUCAUUCAGGAUUUGUGGCCAGCCAGAGGGAGUUCGGCUGAAGUUUACUCGGAAAGAAAGGGCUUGCUAAGAAAGAAAGAAGUAUAAAAAUGAUGAUAUGGAAGUGUCUAAUGUAUGUGUACAUGUAAGUAAUACAAAAGUUUUGAGCUCUUCCAAGUAUACCAUUUAUAGAAAAACAAAUAGGCUUAUUCAUUCAUUAAACUAUUUUGGAAGAGUCAGUGGAUACAUUUGAAAGUGGUAAUCCUGAAUUUCUUUUAAACUAUUAUAUGAUUCAUAGUGGUUCUCAGGAAUUAAUAAAUGAUUACUGUGUUUAGCUCUGUAUUUGAGGCUGAUUAAUUAAUCUGUGGAUUAUCCAGGACCAUUGUUUUGCUUAACCUCUUCCUACUCCCCAGCUGGAAUAUGAAAAUGAUAAUGCUUCUUUCCUCAUGCAUAUUAACUAAAAUCUUGUAGUUACUCUGAAUAGUGGUGCCUGGGCACACAGAGGAGUUCAGUCAAGGACACUGGACAUGUCAUCAGCCCUGGGCAACUUCAGGCACAGUGUUGGGAAAAGACUAGACAAGGUCCCAAGGUCAGCUCCAGACCCUGGAUCCUCUGAUACCAGCCUCACUCUGCGGGCAAGACCAAGAGCUCCAAGCACAAUCGCCAAGAUGCUACCCAAGGAGGGAAGCAAGAUACCUGAAGGACACCCAAACCUUAGUCAUUCUAAUUCUUGGGACCACACAAGAAGACUGAAAGGUUAUUUUUUCAAAUUAAUUUGUUUGAAGUGUCAGGAGAAAACAUUUUGUUCCAUUAAAGAUAGCAGGCCUCAAGAAAAAAUAAAUCAAUGACACAAAUAA